AUGGACAACAAUUUAUACCAAUAUAUUCUUGGGAUAUAUGAAGAUGAGGAAGUUGAAAGGCGUAGACAGCAAUUCCAACUACUAAAGCUUGAAAGACAAAUGUUAAGGGAUACAUCUAAUGUUUUUACAAUGUGCCCAAAUCACUUCAGGAAAUAUUACAGGUUUACACCUGAAGUAGCAUUAAGACUGAUUCGUGACAUAGAACAUGAUCUGAUUGGAGCAAGAAAUUCUGCUAUACAACCUCACAUUCAAGUAUUAUCUGUGAUCCGAUUUCUAGCAGAGAGUUCUUACCAAAAGGAUUUCUGUCAGGACUUUAUGCAUCCAAUUAGUCAACCUUCUGCUAGUCGAUUUAUACCAAAGGUAAUAAAUGCAAUAAAUAAUUUAUUAGCAGAAUAUUUUAGAAGAACUAUACGAGUACCAGGCAUAAUUGGUCUCAUCGACUGCUUUGUGAUAUGCAUAACACGUCCAUCACAGAAUGAAGAAGCAUUUUAUCAUUACCGACAUGGUCAUGGACUAAUUGCACAAAUUAUUGUAGAUUCCAAUUACAAUAUUUUAAAUAUUCGAAUCUGCCCUGGCAUUAAUAACGACAGGUAUGUCUGGCAGUUCUCACAUGCAAGAGAAUACGUAGAGUCUCUAAGAAAUGAUCAACCUCAGAACAAUUACUAUAUAUUAGGUGAUAGUGGGUACACUCCUUCACCUGUAUUAUUAACUCCAAUAUUGGAUGCUGCGGAAGGGACACCUGAAGCUGCUUACACCUAUUAUCAUGUAAGAACACGUUGUCGUGUAGAGCAAACAAUUGGAAUGUUUACCAAUAUAUGGAGAGUCAUUAAAAGAACUCGAAAACUUAUGUAUGAACCACAGAAGUUUGCUGAAAUUGUAAAUGCUUGUGCAAUAUUGUACAAUUACAGAAGAAGACACGGCAUUGUUGAUGAUCCUGUGCUACGAGUAGCCCCACGUAAUCGACCAGUACGUAACCGCAACAUGGAUCACCCUGCAGGAAUUGCAAAAAGGAAUCGAAUAAUUCAAGAAUAUUAUAGGUAGCAUUUAGCUUUUUCUAAAUUGUAAUGUACAAUUCGUGGUACAGAAUAAGUUAUAAAAGUGUAUGAUUGUAUAAUAAUUAAAAAAUUAAUAAAUCAACAUAAAUAUUAAAAA